AUGGGGAACUCGAGCAGUUCACCGAAGAUCUCGGCUCAAGAUAGGGCCAUUCUCGACCUCAAGAACCAGCGUGAUAAGCUGCACCAAUACCAACGCCGAAUAACCGUCCUCACUGAUCGUGAGACCGAAAUCGCCAAAGAAUGCCUCGCGCGAAAUGAUCGGCGGCGCGCCUUGCUCGCUCUUCGGCGCAAGAAGUACCAAGAAUCACUGCUUGCAAAGACAGACGGACAGCUCGCGCAACUGGAGCAGCUCACGGGACAAGUAGAGUUUGCGCUGGUUCAGAAGGAUGUGCUGUACGGGCUGCAGCAAGGCACGCAGGUCCUGCAGACCAUCAAUAAAGAGAUGGGUGGUAUUGAGAACGUGGAAAGGCUAAUGGGCGAAUCGGAAGAUGCAAGAGCAUACCAAGAGGUGAGCCAGAUGCUCGCUGGCCAUCUGACGAAUCAAGAUGAAGACGAGGUCGAGGAUGAAUUGGAGGCUCUGCGACGUGAAACUGCUGGACCCGAAGUCCUGCCCGACCCGGUCGUUUUGCCUAGUCCACCCACUGUGAGACCCGAGAGGGCCCAAUCGGAGGAUGAGAGGGUUGAGCCUCAACCCGAGCGGAGAGAGGCUCUACCUGCAUGA